AUGACGAUUCCGGAUUCACUUGUGAAGAACAAUGGCACAGCCUUCGACGCGACAUGGAGAUGGCUGAACAACUCGGACAAAGUGCACGCAUACCCACACUUCAAACUCGACUCCCCGUUAUACCCCUUAUCUCUCACGCAGCUAUCAGCGGUCGCAUUCGCGGGCGACUGGGGCAUCAAUGUGACAUCUGCUCUGCAGGCAGAUACUCAGGCGCGAGAGCAAGCCUUGAACGACAAUGACGUACAAUACAACGUCGCUUUGGACAUGUUCCUCGACGCAAACGAGACACAGGCGCAGGCAGACCUUCCACAUUACGAGAUCAUGGUUUGGCUUUCGUACUCGUACAAUGUGUAUCCGGUCGGGAUUGAUACCUCAAGUCCAGACAAAGACCAGUUUGUCAUCAACGGGACCAGAUUGUAA